GGAAAAUGCUCCCUCACUAAUUGUCAAAAAAAUCAUGAAUGAAUGCAAUGAAUUCUAAAAUUUCUACAAUUUGUGAAUCAGAAAAUUCCACAAAUCAAUAAUGAUAAGGUACUAUGGGCCUUUUAUGUCUUAUUUCUGUGUCGGCUUAUUAUUUCCGUAUAUCUAGUCGUGACACAAUGUGUGUAGAAUGAUAACGAACAUUCUUUAUAAUCGUCAUAUGUUGUAAAAUCAUGGGUAAUCAAAAUAGUUGCUGCUGCUAUCGGAGUCCAUCUCCCAUUCGCAAAGAUAUAGUAAAGUUGGAAGACUAUCUUCCAGAAGGAGAAGUAAGCUCAAAUAACAUACAACACAUCAGCGAGAGGGAGCCUGAUGAUGGCGACAUCGAUCCAUCGCAAGAUCCGAUGGCUGGCACCAUUUUCAUGGAACGUUCUAAAGCUUCAAUAGAGAAUGGUAUGACUAGGAAGCGGAGCCAACAUCAAAUAGCUGACAAUAAAUUAAAGAAAAGCAGUUCCUGUUCUACAAUUUACUUAGAUGAUAGUACUGUGUCUCAACCAAAUUUGAAAAAUACUGUGAGGUGUGUAGCACUUGCUAUUUACUAUCACAUAAAGAAUAGAAUGUCUGAGCGCAGGUUAGAUAUUUUUGAUGAGAAACUUCAUCCUUUGAGCAAAGAAGGUGUGAGUGAUGACUAUGAUAAAUACAAUCCAGAGCACAAGCAGAUUUAUAAAUUUGUAAGAACAUUAUUUAAUGCAGCACAAUUAACUGCAGAAUGUGCUAUUAUUACUCUAGUCUAUUUAGAGAGACUUCUAAUUUGUGCUGAACUUGAUAUUGCACCUUCAAAUUGGAAAAGAAUUGUAUUAGGGGCAAUCUUAUUAGCGAGUAAGGUAUGGGACGAUCAAGCAGUUUGGAAUGUUGACUACUGUCAAAUUCUAAAAGAUAUAACUGUUGAAGAUAUGAAUGAGCUUGAACGACAAUUUCUAGAAAUGUUACAAUUCAAUAUCAAUGUUCCAUCAAGUGUCUAUGCUAAAUACUAUUUUGAUCUACGUACACUUGCUGAAGCUAAUGACCUAGCAUUUCCUAGUGAGCCUCUUAGCAAGGAAAGGGCACAAAAGUUAGAAGCGAUGUCACGAGUUAUGGAAGACAAAAUAACUGCUGAAAUUGUAAAAAAUGGUAUUAAGAAAUGGUCAAGUUUAGACAAUGUUAAUGCUGGUGCUGGAGUAAGACGAAGUGUAGCCAUUUUGUCUUAAUUCAUGUUGGAGCCAAAUUUAUUUCCAAAGUAGUAAAAAAAUUGACCAAGUUAUGAUUUUAAAUAAUAACAGAGGACACCAACUUUUGCCUUCUACAGUGAGAUAACAUUUUACAUAUAGAAUAAACAUUCAAACCACAAGUAAGUUUAUGUUAAAUGAAAAAUCUCACAUUUAGUAAAAAAGGAUCAUUAUUUUGUUACUUUAUUUCAAGAGUAAGUGUAAAAUUAUCCAUACAAAAUUUUAAUGAUUGUACAUAAAAUUAUUUUUCAAUUAAA